UCCUGUUUCCCUCCCCGGGGCAACCAGUCACACCAUGUCUGUGACCAGCGGGAAGACGGGACCAUCACUGACCCGGGAGAUCCUGAGCCACCUGGGCCUUGCCAACAAGACUGCAGCUUGGGGGACCCUGGGUACCCUCAGGACCUUCUUGAGUUUCAGUGUGGACAAGGACGUGCAGAAGCUGCUGAGGGCCAUUGCAGGCCAAGGUGUGGACCGCAGCACCAUUGUGGAUGUGCUGACCAAUCGGAGCAGAGAGCAAAGGCAGCUCAUCUCUCGAGCCUUCCAGGAGCGCACCCAACAGGACCUGCUACAGUCCCUGCAGGCAGCGCUCUCCGGCCACCUCGAGAGGACUGUGGUGGCCCUGCUGCAGCCUGCAGCCCGUUUCGAUGCCCAGGAAUUGAGGAGAGCCUUGCAGGACUCAGGUUCUGCUGAGGAUGUGGCCAUGGAAAUUCUUGCCACCCGAACCCCACCCCAGCUGCAAGAGUGCCUGGCAGUCUACAGACACGAUUUCCAGGUGGAGGCUGAGGAGGACAUCAAAUCUAAAACCAGUGGCAUCUUGCGGGACCUACUCCUGGCCCUGGCCAAGGGGGCCCGUGAGAGCUACUGUGGAAUCAUUGACUACAACCUGGCAGAACAGGAUGUCCAGGCAUUAGAGCGGGCUGAAGGACCCAGCACAAAGGGGACGUGGGUCCUUAUCUUCACCCAGAGAAAUCCUGAACACCUUGUCCGAGUGUUCCGUCAGUACCAGCGGUACAUGGGGCAUGAGCUGGAGAAGACUGUCCGGAACCAUUUCCAUGGGAAUGCCCAGGCUCUGCUCAGCCUAGCCUCGGUGAUCAGGAACACACCGCUGUACUUUGCUGAUAAACUUCAUCGAGCCCUCCAGGAAACUGAACCCAAUUACCAAGUCCUGAUGCGUAUCCUCAUCUCUCGAAGUGAGACUGACCUCCUAAGCAUCCGAGCUGAGUUCAAAAAGAAAUUUGGGAAGUCCCUCUACUCUUCCCUCCAGGAUGCAGUGAAAGGGGACUGCCAGUCAGCCUUACUAGCCCUGUGCAGGGCUGAAGACAUUUGAGGCCUCCCUGCCCCCCAUCCCCACAUGACAUUCAAGGAUCUGAGAUUCUCGUGUCCGGCUGAGCCUGCAGGAGAGCAGCUGGGCCUCCAAAUAGGAUAACGCCUCACUGAGCACCACAUGCUCCAGCUUCUUGUUGAGGCUGGAACUUGAAGUUUCUUUUAAAUCCCUUAAUUUCCCUCAUCUUGAAGUGAUGUCUGCACCUGGGUCCCCUAGCUGUCUUGGGUGUGGGGUAAUGGGAUCUCUUUGGUGUUUCUGCCCUACUCAUCCCUCCUGUACCCUGGCCAGGACAUCUUACUGAUACUCGAAUUCUUUUGGCAAACUUCA